GGCAACAUUACUGGUUUCGUUCAUGGAGCGAGUUGAGCGAGCGUGUGCAUUCGUCAUCGUGUGCAGAUUUUACAAAAUAGCAGUGUCGGGUGUAAAAAUUAUGUUGAUUUUAAUGAAGUGAACAAUAGUAUUGGUGAUGUUGGCCUUAGGCUUAUCGUUAUUUCGCAAAAAAACUGUAAAAGAACAUACGUUUACUGUAGUAAUCCGUCAAAAAUCCAGAAAGCUUCAAACGUGUUUGAAGCUUUCGUUUUCGGAUUAAUGGAACUAUGAACCUGGACUCUUUAACGUUUAGCUUAUCGCAAAUAAAUUAUCUCGUUGUAAAUUUAAAUAAGAAAAACUUCAAGCAGACUAGUCAAGAGUUGUCACAGCUUGUCAGUCUUUAUGGACUGGAAGCAGAGAAUCAGCUCUUGAGGUGCUUGCUUAGUGAAGCAGCAAAGUCAUCGUGGGACAGCGACAGGUCAGGGUCGUCGAGCACCAGUGUCCACGCGUCCCUCCUGACCGCACAGCUUGCAGCCCUACUCAACCACCCGGCAAAAUCCACUGUAGUCUGCCGAGCAGUCGACCAACCAACACGCUCACUCCAAAAGAUUUUAAAACCUUCAAAUACAUUACUGAAUCGACUCUCAAGAUUAUUAAAGUUAACCACUGCUGAGGAUGUUGCCUUCUCUUUGGUUUUGAGGAGAAACUCUUCAAAAACUGAAAUAGUAUCGUUAGCUCAGCAACAUCUGAAAAAGAGAUUUUUGGAUCUCGUGCAGUGUUAUCUAGACGCAGAACGUGGUCAUCAGGUGGAGCGUGCAGGUCUUCAGGAAUGCAGCCCUGAAGUUUUGCAAACUCUACUAACUAGCAUCGCGCACGAGAAAUUAGCCACUGUAACGAAAGAUUUAUUUCUUAAACGCUUGCGAAUUGAUUUCCCCCGUGAAGUAGUGCCUAUCGUAUUGGCGCCACUGCUAUAUCCGGACGAUACACAGACACCACUUGAGGAGAUGACAACAGCCGACGAUAUGGCUGCUGCCAUGAUGGACAACUCACUUGCAGAUAUCAUCCGUGAUAUCGGAUAUUCCUUUACAUCUUCUGUAGAGGAUUGCAAAAACAACAUGUUAAACUUUGGCGCCCGAGAACCAACUGCCAUUGAGGUGGCCAGGAUAAUAUCUAUGAUGGUAAGAUAUCAUACAUCAAUGUCUGAUGGCCCUCAGAUUCAAACGCCUGGUAAUUUCUGGAUGAGUCAUGAGACCAAGAAGGACAACAUAACACUCGGACAUGGCGAAUCGUGGAAUGCAGAAGUAUUUGUGCAAACACUAAAAGAGUUAGCUUCUAAUUUGAAUUGGAAAGAAGUGAUCUUGCAGCUGGAUCACCCAGAGUUUAUUGUACCUGAUAGGCAAGGAUUGAGUUUACUGUUCACCAUCUUGAGAUUAGGGCUUCAAAGUGCGGGCUAUCCGGCCAAUAUAUUCCCCGUGGAAUAUCUUUGCCGUCGAUGGACGAACUUGGAAGGGCAAAUAAGUUUGAUCACUAUGAUUCUGAAAUAUUCAGACAUCUUCAGUUUUGCCGAUCAUCCGUUUCACCCAGUAUCGAUAGAUUUAUUGAAAUCACCCCCAGAAACAGACAAUAAAGAGAUAGCAACCUGGAGAUGCCUUUAUUUGGUUGAACUUCUGCUGUAUGCCGCAGAGCGCGGGUAUUACUUGCAGGUGCAUGAAUUAUUAAAGUUUCCACUGCAGCAUUGUCCUGACAUCUUGCUUUUAGCUUUACUACAAAUAAGUCCACCUGUAACAGUAUUUCGACAAGAGUUAUUGACAACGCUAAUACCGAUCUUUCUGGGCAACCACCCCAACUCCGGCAUUAUUUUACAUCACGCUUGGCAUACACAGAACCCCAAUAUUAAACCAAUUAUUAUGCACGCAAUGGCUGACUGGUACAUACGUGGUGAGAGUGAUCAAUCCAAGCUAUCACGGAUUUUAGAUGUUGCGCAAGAUCUCAAAGCUCUGUCUUUACUACUGAAUGUUCAAUCAUUCCCGUUCGUCAUUGAUUUGGCCUGUUUGGCCUCAAGAAGAGAAUACUUGAAACUGGACAAAUGGCUAACAGAUAAAAUCAGGGAUCACGGUGAGACUUUUGUGUCUGCUAUGGUGAAAUUUUUGCAAAGGCGAUGUCCUCAAGUGAUCGGUAAGGGACCCGAAGAACAACUUCCCAAAGCAGCUCAACUACCACCUGAAACAAUAGCCACAAUGCUGGCUUGCCUACAACUCUGUAUUCCCAACGUGCAACAGGAGUUGCAGGAAGCUAUUUACAACGUUAUAGCUAACUGUCAAACGCUUAUUCUGAGCAAGACAAGACAAAGCAUCGCGGGAUUAGCACGCCCGCAUACUCGUGUGUUAGAAACGCCGUUCAACCCUGCAGCGGGCUUGGCAGGGCAGUUAUUCACUCCGCAUGUCGAUUCUAUUACUAAUUUGACACCGAACGUGGCGAAUUUAAAUUUGGGCGCUCCAGCUAAUACUGCAUUUGCAAUGCCCGGUACUCUCGGACCCUUAGUCACAACACCUGGGUCACCAUCUCGACUCAUGGGAGCUGGACCGAAUAGUCCCUUCACGAUGAUGCCCUUGCAACACAACACCAACGUAGCUAACAUGAGCGCUCUCGCCAGAAUGGCUCCAGCGCCAGCAAUGGACAAACCUAGAAUUCCAGAUCCAAUCCAUUUCCCUGAAAUGAUGCACAAUGUUUCGAAGGAGAUUGAAGACGAAGCCAAUGGAUAUUUUCAGAGGAUUUACAACCACCCGCCACAUCCAACACUUUCUAUAGAUGAAGUACUGGACAUGUUGAAAAAGUUCCAAGAUUCACCGAACAAGAGGGAACGAGAAGUUUUCUCAUGCAUGCUUCGAAAUCUCUUUGAGGAAUACAAGUUCUUUCCUCAGUAUCCAGAUAAAGAACUACACAUUACCGCCCAACUUUUUGGAGGCAUCAUUGAAAAGGGACUUGUCCCAAGCUACGUUUCGCUGGGGCUUGCUCUCCGAUUCGUGCUUGACGCGUUGCGGAAACCCGAGGGCUCUAAAAUGUACUACUUUGGUAUAGCUGCGCUAGACAGAUUCAAAUCGCGUCUGAAAGAUUACCACAAAUAUUGCGAGCACGUAAGAGCUAUACCACAUUUUAGUGAUUUUCCCCCUCACCUUAUUGAGUACAUCGAAUAUGGACUUCAGAGUCAAGAACCGCCUACCAAACCUCAGGGAGCUGUGCUGCCCAGCAGCUUAGCGGCUGUACUCAACCAAAGUGCAGUUGUGACGGUUUCUGCACCUUACAGAGCUGUCGUUUGCGCGCCUAGUAUUUCUGUGAUAGCAAAAGUAACAAAUUGUGCUGCAGGAGGCAUUGGAAGCCGACCUUCCAUCGCUAACGCCACUAAUAUAGAUACGCUUUUGACUGCUACCGAUAGAGAAGAGAAAAUAAAUACUCCCCCUGAGGCAAUACAGGACAAAACAGCAUUCAUUUUCAAUAACCUCAGUCAGCUGAAUCUUCAAACGAAAUGUGAAGAACUCAAGGAAAUAAUCACAGACGAGUACUAUCCCUGGUUGUCACAAUACCUUGUCAUGAAGAGAGCUUCUAUCGAGCUCAACUUCCAUGCGUUAUACUCCAAUUUUCUUGACGUUCUUAAAAUCCGAGACAUCAAUAAAAUGGUAACGAAAGAAACUUACCGUAACAUCAAAGUUUUAUUGCGCUCUGACAAAGGCAUAGCCAACUUUUCAGAUCGCUCACUUCUCAAGAAUCUCGGACACUGGCUAGGCAUGUUAACGUUAGCUCGCAACCAGCCAAUACUUCAUAUUGACAUAGAUCUGAAGGCACUGUUACUCGAAGCCUAUCACAAAGGACAACAAGAACUGCUCUAUGUAGUGCCAUUCGUUGCCAAGGUUCUAGAAUCUUGUGCUAAGAGUGUCGUGUUCAAGCCUCCGAACCCUUGGUCAAUGGCGCUGAUGAACGUUUUGGCUGAACUACAUCAAGAACCUGAUUUAAAACUGAACUUGAAGUUUGAAAUAGAAGUGUUGUGUAAGAAUCUCAGCCUCGAUAUAUCUGACUUGAAACCUACACUAUAUUUGAAAGAUCCCGAAAAGCUGAGAACGAUAGAAUUCCAGCUUUCGCAACCGAAACAAAAUAAGGAGGCUGCAAAUACUUUGCCUGUAAACCAACCCAUAGUGCAGACGCCUCAGAUGCAGAUGAUCCCACCUCAGCCUCCGAUGAUCCCGACGGAAGACAUGUCUGCUACCGCCCCCACGCCCACCAGCGGCCUCGUAGCGAAUGAUCCUGGUUUGAUGGGUGUUCUCGGGUUACCCGAACCAAGAUUCAACUAUUUGGAUGUGAACGUUUCUUCGACGUCUGCGUUCGGCCAGAAGUUAUGUUUUAACCCACACAUCAUAUUGUUCCAAAAUUAUCCGCAUCUUAAACAGUUUGUGAAACCUGCUAUCGAAAGAUCUAUCCAGGAAUGGAUUCAUCCUGUGGUGGACAGAUCCAUAAAGUACGCUCUCACUACAUGCGAACAGAUCAUCAGAAAAGAUUUCGCACUAGACCCAGAUGAAGUACGUAUGCGUACCUGUGCGCAUCACAUGAUGAGGAAUCUUACAGCCGGUAUGGCUAUGAUAACAUGCCGUGAGCAAAUCAUUAGUACCAUCAGCACUAACUUGAAGGCUGCGUUUAUGACGGCAUUGAUGCCAGCAACUCCUCAACAGGAGAUCAUCGAAAGUGCUGCAGCAGUCUUAGCUACAGAAAAUAUGGAGCUGGCAUGUGCUUUUAUUCAGAAGACAGCUGUAGAAAAGGCAUUACCCGAGCUCGACAAGAGACUAAUGAAUGACUAUGAAAUGAGGAAACUAGCCCGUCAAGAGGGCAGGAGAUAUUAUGACCCUAUAGUGCUGGCUUAUCAGACUGAGAGGAUACCGGAGCGGGUGCGCCUGCGCGUCAGUGGCCCGACGGAUUUGCAAAUCGCAGUUUACGAAGAGUUUGCGUGCAAUAUCCCCGGAUUUAUGCCGGUGCGUGACGCUGGGAUGUUCAUCCCGAAGCCUUCCGCUCAGGAACAACUGCCUCAGUUAGCGUUCAGUCAAGCAAUGAACCCGACGCAAGUCUACGGCGCAGACGAGAUGGGAGGGCUUAUUUCAGCGGCCGAACUCUUCUUGGCCAACUCGUUGGGCAACGCUUCGUUGGCCGCGCAAACUGCUAAUAUGCAUUCCCUUCUCGAAUGCUUGUUCAUCGCAAGAAGGAACCGCGAUAUCGUAUCCAAAUGCGCUCUAUUGCAGAAGGCUGUGGAAGGUCUACUGGACAGCCACAUCGUACAGCCGGGUGCGAGCAGCGAGCACGUGGACAUGAUGACCCGCUACAGGGACAUUCAUUUGCGGGUGCUGAAGCUACUCGAGGACGGCCGUGUCUAUGGACACGUGUGGACCACCAAGCAGAUCACGUACUGUCUCACAGAAUGCCGCGAGGAGCUGCGUUACAAUAUCGAAGCCGUAGACUGUCUGAUUCGGAACCACCUCAUCAAUUUGCCGCAGUAUGAUAUCUCUCUCGCCCAUUUGAUGGACAACGGCAACAACUACAUGGCCGUUGCGUUCGCAAUGCAGCUGGUACAGUUGUACCUUGUCGACGACAGGAAUAACUUGUACGCCAAUGAGGCCGACUUGUACCAUACCACUGAGACCCUCUACCGUAUCAUGUCGCAUUCGCGCCAGCCCCCGCCCGAGGGGUUGGGCACGCUGAUUGAAAUGCUGCGAGUGAAUCAGGACCCGAGCGCGUAUCUGGGGGAGCGAUCUCCCCUUGGACCAACUGCGCAUAUCCAUGCUGGCAUCAUGCAAGUGCGGGCUCGCGACUACGACGACCCGCCUGGCUUGCAAGAGAAGACUGACAAUAUGUUGCGUGAAUGGCGCAACGUUCUCCUCAGUCCCCUCACCGAGAUCGAGCUAGCUCAGAACUUCAAUCUAUACGUCCACCGCAUGAACAUGAACGGCAUUCUCAAGUCAGACGACAUGAUAACCAGGUUCUUCCGGAUAGCCACACAGAUGUGCAUCGAAAGUGUGUACCAACAGCUGUCCGAAGAGAGGGUCAAUCCCCCUCAGAACCCCGCUAAGAGGGAGAAAUAUUAUGCGACCUGUGAUUCCUUCAUAAAAUUAGUUUCCCUGUUGAUAAAAAACACUGCUGAUGGCGGUAAUCCAACGCCGAAGCUCAACUUACUGAAUAAAAUCUUAGGCAUUAUAGCCGGCUGUCUGCUGCAAGAUCACGAUGAGCACGGUGUCAACUUCCAGCAGCUGCCGUACCACAGGUUGCUGCUCAUUCUGUUCCUAGACAUGAACAUGGCCGAACCAGUCCUCGAAUCUAUGAACUAUCAGGUUCUCACCGCGUUCUGCCAUACGCUCCGCAUCAUCAGGCCGAGCGUUGCGCCCGGCUUUUGCUACGCGUGGCUCGAGCUCGUCGCCCAUCGGGCCUUCAUCAACCGCGUCUUGGCCGUCACGCCACAACAAAAGGGCUGGGGCAUGUAUUCCACGCUGCUGAUCGACUUGUUCAAAUUCCUGGACCCGUUCCUAAGGAACACUGAGCUGGCGUCACCCGUGAUGAUGUUGUACAAGGGGACGCUGAAGGUUCUCUUGGUUCUGCUGCAUGAUUUCCCGGAGUUCUUGUGCGAUUAUCACUACGGUUUCUGCGACGAGAUACCGCCGAACUGUAUACAGAUGAGGAAUUUGAUCCUGUCGGCCUUCCCGCGCAAUAUGCGCCUCCCGGACCCGUUCACGCCCAACCUGAAGGUGGAUCUUUUGGCGGAGAUAACGCUUCCACCCAGGGCGGUCAUCAACUACGCCACUAUCAUACCCUCGUCGCAGUUCAAGAAGGAUUUGGACGCGUAUCUGAAGGCGCGCACCCCUGUCACUUUCCUAUCGGAGCUGCGAAGCAACAUGCAGGUGGUGAACGAGCCCGGGCGCCGCUACAACAGCCAGCUGAUGAACGCUGUGGUGUUGUACGUGGGCACUCAGGCGAUAGCACACAUUCGCGCCAAGGGCCAGACCCCCAAUAUGUCUACGAUCGCGCAUUCAGCGCACAUGGAUAUAUUCCAGAACUUCACCGUCGACUUCGACUACGAGGGACGAUACCUGUUCCUGAACGCGAUCGCGAACCAACUACGCUACCCGAACAGCCACACGCAUUACUUCUCGUGCUGUCUACUCUACCUGUUCGCCGAGGCCAACUCCGAGGCGGUCCAGGAGCAGAUCACCAGGAUGCUGCUGGAGAGGCUCAUCGUGAACCGGCCUCACCCCUGGGGGCUGCUCAUCACCUUCAUUGAGCUAAUCAAGAACCCCAUAUACAAGUUCUGGACGCAUGAGUUCGUCCACUGUGCGCCGGAGAUCGAGAAGUUGUUCGCGUCUGUGGCCCGAUCCUGCAUCGUGGAGAAGACGGGCGCAGGCGGGGGCGAGAGGGAGAUGGCCGAGUAGCGUCUCGCCAAUUGGGAGUCUCUUCGACACAAGCACGUAUUCUAUGGCAUUGUCGAGAAAGGCUUCCAAGUCCACGCGCAAUCUUGCAUUUGCGCAAACCAAGCCAAGGAGACGCAGCAAGCGGACAACUUACCAUUGCCUUCCACGUCAACGGAACCACCCAAGACGAUGCUCAACUGGAAGAAACUGUUCCGCAAGUGAAGUGCUAUUCCCAGACCCCCCUCCCCCAACCCCUAAAUAACACAUUAACCAAACCCCUCCCCCCGAAGCCUACCCCCCCUCCGGCUAAACUAACCGAAACUGUGAAUUGGCCACUCGACGGACUGCAAACCAGUGACUUAAGAUAACCCCUGACAUUGUGCAUCAGCGUUCAGAAGACACUGUGACCAUAAUAUUAGCCCGCGCGUUGAAGUUGACCUCGGGACGCCGCUAGAUGGCGUUGAAGU